GGCCGCCCUCUCAUUCUCGCCUCUCUCUCGAUCCUUCCACUUCUCUCUUCCUCUUCCAGAAACAAAUCGAACCAUAGCCGCCCUAUCCUCUCCUCUUUCUCCUCUCUUCUUCGAACCAAAAAGCCCUCUGGUUUUUCACCGCCGCCAUCCUCUUCUUCUACCUUCCCUUCCAGAGAAAACCAAAAUCGAAACCUAAAUCGCCUUUCAACCGCCGCCCCUCUCUCUUUCCUUCUCUCGGUUAGCCAAGGGGACCGCUCGCGUCGAGUUAAAUCAGCCUAGAAGGUUUCGAUAUAGGCUUGGUUUCGGACGAGGGAAAAGAAGCAGUGAGGAGGUCGCCAGACCGAGAAGGGAAUCUUUGGCGGCUAAGAUCCCUACCGACAAAAUUUCGCCGGCGAUGAGUUGACAACGGCGGCGGCAGGUUUUGAAAUUGACAGGACUGGGUUUGUGAUCUGGUUUGGGCUCAAAGUAGGAGGGCAAUGACUUCAAUAUUGUAAUUAGUUCUAAUUCUCGCUUUAUUUAGAGGUCAUUACCCAAGUUGUACAAUGUAUCAACUUUGAAUAUUUGAUAAUAAAGCUCAUUCCACUUCAAUUAGUCCC